UCUGUAUGCCUCUACUCCUUUAGUCAAGCGUCGUACUCCUCACAUUUCCUUCAGUCUCCUCCUUCGCCUGGAAAACAAACAGGAAAAAACAUCAAGAUGCCGGUUGACGGUUCUUCAGGUUACGGUCAGACCGUAUGCGUCACAGGUGCCGGAGGUUACAUCGCUUCAUGGCUCGUUAAGUUUCUACUAGAAAAAGGUUAUACUGUUAAAGGAACCGUAAGGAACCCAGAUGAUCCCAAGAAUUCUCAUUUGAAGGAACUGGAAGGUGCCAAAGAGAGAUUGAUCCUCUGCAAAGCUGAUCUCCUCGAUUACGAAAGCCUUCGCAACGCCAUCGAGGGGUGUCAGGGAGUCUUCCACACUGCCUCUCCUGUCACGGAUGACCCAGAGCAAAUGGUGGAACCCGCAGUGACGGGGACCAAGUAUAUUGUAAACGCGGCGGCGGAUGCUGGAGUACGAAGAGUGGUGAUGACGUCAUCAAUCGGGGCGGUUCACAUGGAUCCGAACCGGGCUCCGGAGAAGGUGGUGGAUGAGUCUUGUUGGAGCGAUCUGGACUUCUGCAAGAAUACCAAGAAUUGGUAUUGUUACGGUAAGGCUGUGGCAGAGCAGGCGGCCUGGGAGACGGCCAAGGAGAGAGGGGUCGACCUGGUUGUGGUUAUACCGGUUCUGGUUCUUGGACCGCUUCUCCAACCAAGCAUUAACGCCAGCGUUGUCCAUGUGCUCAAGUAUUUGGCCGGUUCGGCCAAGACCUAUGUUAACUCGGUCCAGGCUUACGUAGACGUUAGGGACGUGGCACUGGCCCACAUCCUUGUCUUAGAGGCGGCGACGGCCUCUGGACGGUAUCUCUGCGCCGAGAGUGUGCUUCACCGGGGAGACGUCGUCGAGAUUCUAGCCAAGUUGUUCCCGGAGUACCCCGUACCUACCAAGUGCUCGGAUGAAGUAAACCCAAGGAGGCAGCCAUACAAGUUCUCGAACCAGAAGCUCAAGGACGUUGGGCUGGAGUUCAUACCAGUGAAGCAGACUAUGUAUGAAACCGUCAAGAGCUUGCAGGAGAAGGGUCAUCUCCCCAUCCCUACCCAGGCAAAUGAUCCCAUUCACCUUCAAUCCUGAAGAUCUGCUGCCUUGGCCCUACCUAUUUUUGGGGUUUACAUAUAUGAGGAAAUUAAAGCUUUCUUCUUUUUGAUUGAUUCGGAACCUUCCCUCAUGUUAUUGUGCAUUGAAGACUUUCUACUAAAAUGGAAUAUAUAUAUUGAAAUACAAAGCAAAACUAUUGUCUUUUUGAAA